AUGGUGAUGACGAAGAGCAGUAAGAUGCUAAACUACAUCAACUACCGCAUGAAGGUGACGUUGCAAGACUCGCGCGUUCUCAUUGGAUACUUCAUGGCAUUUGACAAGCAUAUGAAUUUGGUACUGGGUGAUUGCGAAGAAUUUCGGACGCUAAAGGCGAAAAUCAAGGCGGCGGUGUCGGAAGAGCGUGUCGAAAAGCGUCAUUUAGGCUUGGUUCUCUUGCGGGGCGAGAGUGUGGUGUCGCUUACUGUAGAGGGUCCACCUCUUGCCAAAGAAAACGAAAUUGUCGGACCAAGCGGUCCUGGCAUGGGGCGUGCGGCGGGACGUGGAAUCCCGGCAGCACCUAUGGGUGGUCCUCCUAUUGGACUGAUGGCACCUAUGCGUGGUAUUGGACACCUUGGACCAGGAUUGAUGCAGCCCGGGCAAGUAGCGGCAAUGGCUCAACCACAAGCGUAUGGACGAGGUCGUGCUGUUCCAGGACCCACUGGCGGAAUAAUGCCGCCCCCACGACCGAUGCCAGGCAUUGGAAUGCCAAUACCAGGAAUGGCCCUGCCUCCCGGAAUGGGACCUCCCCCAGGUGUGCCUCCACCUGGGAUGCGUGGACCAGCAGGGCCGCCUCCUGGCAUGCGCGGCCCCCCAGGGCAGUAG